UGUUUUCGCGAUCGGCCCUACGAACCACGCGAGUUUUAAACAAUAAUUAACUGGUGAAUGCGGCAAGCAUUGCAUCGUCACGAGACGCGAUUUGCGGAAGAAUCGGCGUUCCUGUCCGUGAGUGCGAGACCUUUGGACCGACCGAGUGCAAGGAACUUCGAUUCUGUGAAUUCGCGGGCGCUUCGUCGGCGUGUCCGGGUCCAGAGAAUUUGGCGAACGCUUUUGGCGAUUCACGGAUUUCUCCCUGUCAGGUGCGCUCGUCAACCGGUACGCAAUCUGGACUUCUUUCCGCAAGCUCGAGGCGAGGGAAAGACACGCGCAGCGCCCGCUUCGAGGAGUGAUUUCGUUCUUUUGAGGUCGGAAGUUUGGUUAGGUUGGUGCGGCGAUGGUCGCCAGAAUGACGCCUGCACGUUGCCGGCGCUCCUCUCGAUGGUUCGCCCUAAAAAGCGCACCUCUACUCGAGUGUUAGACUUCGUUUAGUGCUCUAAGCAAGAGUGAACCAUGGCUGCGAACGACUUCGAUGUGGAGCUCUUCGAACGGAGGCUUCAUACCCUUAAGGAUUCCCAGGAGUCGAUUCAAAGUCUUUCGGCAUGGUGCCUCGAGAGAAGGCAGCACCACAAGAAGAUCGUUGCUACUUGGCUGCAAGUUUUAAAGAAAGUGAAAGUGGAGCACCGUCUUACAUUGUUUUAUUUGGCAAAUGAUGUGAUCCAGUAUUCAAAACGAAAGAACUUUGAGUUCGUGGAAUCAUGGGGCAUAACUCUCCAGAGGGCAACAACAAUGGUCAGGGACGAGAAGGUGAAGCACCGUAUUUUAAGAAUUUUCAAGAUAUGGGAUCAAAGGCAGGUCUACGACGAGGAGUUCUUAGCCGACUUAUCCGGUCUAAUAUCGGCGGCACCAAAGAAGAAGCAGGACCCUCAACCCGUCGUACCGACGGAGGAAUUCCAGGCUGCGCUUCUUAUCUCUACUAUGAGGUCCUGUGCAACUUUAGAACAAGCUACGGAUGCGAGGUUACGUGAUCUAAGAGAAUGCAAUAUCGAUUUUGACAAUGCGGAGGAGUUGUGUGCCUCGCUUAAAGAUAGGCGGCAUGUAGAGGAUGCCGAAAAAGAUGUGGAUAUUGCCGUUAGAAACGUAGAGAACUAUGUACGUGCUUUGGAAGCAGAGAUUCGAGAGAGGACGCAAGUUCUCGAAUUACUGGAACAGGCAGAUCAGUUUUACGAAACGCAGAGGGGAGAAGUUAAAAUAGUGACGAACGCAUACCGAAAUUUCGGGAGCCGAGUGAAGAAUCUAAAAAAGAAAUUGGAUGAAUUACUUCCUACGCUGAUCUCUCCGAUCCCAUCUCCAGACAUUAAUGCACCCUCUCCGAGUCCCGACAGCGAUCUAGACCUUCCUGGAGACGAUCACAUUGGAAAUCAAUCUCUAAUCGACAUAGCACCUCCCACGAUAUACGGAUCGUACAGGCCAGACUACGACCCAAUGCCAGUGCCAGCACCUGAUGGACAAUCGGGAAGUGUUACCGGAGACUUCACCAACAAUUUUUCAUCCUUUAUGGGAGGAAACAUGGAUUUUGAUAUGAGAAAUUUGUUCAACGACAGAUCGACAACUCCGACUAUUCUGAAUCAAUACAACGAUUCCCUGGAGGCAAAGCCUAUCGAAGUCAUCAACAUGCGUCCGUCAAAGGCGGAGAACAGUAACGAUAGCUUCAACAUAUCGAGCUUCCUCAAAACGGUGCUUCCCUCAUCGGAAGGAGCACCAAAUCCCUCCGGUAUCCCCGGCCUCGGGUUAGAUCUUCCAGACAACAACCUGGAGUCACCGCAGCGUCCGGACUACGGGCACUCCCCGGUGAUGGGACAAGUGCCACUGACUCCGGCUAUGAACCGGAUGCUCAGCGGGCCCGGCACACCCAUCGGCGGCCUCAACAAUUGCGGGCAAAUCGGUCACAGCACUCCGUUGCCGGUCCGCAGCAUAACAAGGGACUCCCACACUCCGUCCCCCUACUCCAGCCAGAACAGCCAGAGCAACGUCGUCCUCCCCUUCGACAACUCCGUAAAUCCCGUGAGCAACACCGUAAACCCGCUACCACCUCCGCCGUUACCGCCGCCAAUAUUCCUCGACGACGAGAAUUGUUACAACAAACUGCCACCGAAGUUCCCGACUUGGACGCCGACUAGCGACCUGUCCAAGGACCCUGCCAAGUGGGACGAGAAGGGUGAGGACGAUUUCCCUUCGCCAAAGAGAUUCGCCGCUUUCCAAACUUGGGGAAAAAAUAGCAUGAACCCGUCAUGGCCGGGAGAGAUCGAGGAGAGGAACAAGUCUCUGUGGGGCGACUCGGGGAACGAUCGAUGGGAGUCUGGAAGCGAAUCGGCGUGGUCAGUGGCCAGGGGGAAAAGCGACAUCCUGUCCGAGACUCCGGAGUCUCCGCCUAUGUACGAGAAGUCGGGAUUCCAGGACCCCGUCGAGUACAACGACACGCAGCCCCAGGAGUCGCUGCUGAGCAGCAGUAGCGACGUCGACCACAGAAUGAUACCCUUGCCGAUGUCCGUCGAGUCGCAACUGUCCCAUCGGCUGGCCAAGGCUGCCGACGUGGACCAUCGCAACCUCAUCAGCCUCACCGGAAGCCCGGCGAAUCAUCAUCAGCUUCCCAUUCAAUCGGUGAACGCUCCUCUCAUGCCAGCUCUCCCCAACAAUGCCGGCAUGUGGCCCACGGGAGACCAAGACUAUCGGCAGCAACUGCAGCCCGGCGACAUCGUCGAGAGCGUGGACAUGGAGAUGUCGGACGACGAGGGCGAGAACAAGCAGAAGAGCCGAGUCCUGGUGGACGUGCGCCCUCAAGACCGGGACGUGCGACCUCCUCAGCAGCCGCCGGGCACGCACCACGUUGAUAUGGACAUGCGAGCGAUCCCACUGCCGAUGGGUCAGUUGGGCCCGAAUCCGCAGAUGGACCAGGGUCCACACCAGACUCCACCCCAGUUCCACAAGGGAAGGAAUCCGGACUUCCAGGCGAACCAGCCGGACUUCCGGCGCAGCGUCGGCGAGCCGUUCCGCCCGAACUUUCGCAAGGGCCAGGGCCCCGGAUUCGGCAAGAACCAACAGGAGUUCCACCAGGGAUCCCAACAGGACUUCCAACAGGAGUUCCAGCAGGACUUUCAUCAGGGUCGGCAGUCGGAGUUCCGGCAGGAGUUCCACGAGAACCAGCACGGUCGGCGCAGCGUGCCGGACUUCCACGGAGACAAGUUCCCCCACGGCAGGUUCCAGCAGCAGGAGCACCAUCACCGGGACUCGCCGAUGUUCCACAGGGGCGAUCGGGGAGGCGGCCGUGGAAGAGGGUUCCGAAACCGACGGGACCGCUUCUCCGAGGACCACGGUAAUUCGAUGCAGCACCGCAACCUCGCGGAUGAGCGCAGGAACACCAGGUUCCCGGAUGGCCCAUCGAAGAGUAGGCCCUACCUGCUGGAACCACCGGAUACCGUGGUCGUCCUCGACGACGACGGCAUGCCGAUAGGCCUGCCGGAGGACGAGGGUCGGCUGGCGAGCGACCAACUCGAGGACGUCCUCCGGGAGGAGCACGUUCACGAGAAUCGGUCGACGGUGGAGGAGCCGUCCUUGGUGCAGGGUCGCGAGCCAGACCCGGACGCGCCGUCGAGGCCCUUCGAAGAGAUUCUAUGCCAGCGGGAGAUGCAGGAGCCGGACCGAGACCCGGACCGGGAGCCAGCGAUACCGGAGGACCACCGGGACGACGCGCCACUUUUGUCGAUGCCUUGCCAAGAAGAGGUCGUCCCGGAGCAGCCGGAGGAGUGCCCCCAGGAGGCGUUGAGGGACGCGCACGAAGAGGAGGAAGAGCGGCGGAACGAGGAGGAGCCGGCUCCGCCCGGAGAGGGCCGGCCUGCUCGCGUGGACUCCCAGGAGGAGAUCAGCCCGGAGGGUCGCGAGAUCAUGGAGCCGCACGACCCGGACCCCGGGACGACGCAGCCACCGCGGCAGCUCUCCGAGCAGCUCCAAGCCAUGAUGAACUCGAACGGAGGCGACCGGCAGUCCGCCAACGGUAGCCUGGCCGAGCUCAGGGAGGCCACGCCAUCGCCCCUGAAGAAGCGGCCGUUCCUCGGCAGCUUCUUACCCGGCCCUGGACCCGGGGCUAACGGGCCGCAGGAGCUGCACCCCGCGGUGGUGUACGAGUACGACGGUCCCAACGCUACGCCGACGUUCCGACCUCGCGGCCUGCCCACCGCUCCUUUUCCGCCCUGGCGGGGACCUCAUCGGGGUAGGGCCGGCUUCAGGGGAGGCCCCAGGGCCCCCUGGGACAGGGGACCUCGGGGACCGGUCGGUACCUUCCACCCGAGGGGCCUGAAACGCGGUGGACAAUUCAGGGGCGGCGGCUUCCGGGGUCGAGGUCGCGGUACCAACUGGUAAAACCGAUCGUACCCCGGGGCCCCCUGGCACGCCCCCUUUGUAUAUAGAGCGCCUCGCGCCCUUUCGCGAAACUCUCCGUCUCGGGGUUGGCCCUUGUCGGCACUCCCUGGAAGGCACGGACCUAGUCGGCGUCCCGUUGGAAAACUACCGUACCCCGCCGACCCCUGACCUCGAGGAGGACCCUGCGAUUGGACGCGAUGGGUACUAGUCAUCUAUGCGGAACGUCCGGCUUCUCGGUGGCUCCACCUUGUGGGACCCCUUGCCGCGUUUCCUCGAGGUCGUGGGUCGGCACGGGGUCGUGACCCGGACGACGGACUCGCGGUACCACUCGUACUUGCACCCUCCGGGCCCUGCGUCCUCCUUGCGGCCAUGGCUCGGAUACGUAUGCAUAUAAAUAUGUAUAUACGUGUGUGCCGAGAUAUAUAUAUACAUAAACCGAUAUGAAACGAUACGAUAGAUAUAAAUACGAAUAUAUAUACAUACAUACAUACAUAUAUAUAUGUAUAUAUAUGUAUACAUAUACACGUUGUUGCGAGAUGCAGUCGGCGCCAGCGGGACCCGGGGAGGUGGCGACACCCCGAUUAGGCCCAUCUGGACGGACCGGACACCCAGGAGAUGGUUUAGAAGGGAUGUCGUCUCUUUUUUCUGGGUCUCUGUCCGAUGCACGGUUUUCGAGAUGCAUCGUGACCACCGCCGCUUAUCCUCGUCGCGUCCUCCCGCCACCUUCGAAAAUAGCCAUGUCAACCCUGGAACCUUAGAAUUGUAUUAAUAAAAUACAGUGUUUA